CCCACCCAGGGCUGGAAAAGUCCAGAAUCCCAGGAUGGGCGCGCCCGGCCCUCAGGACCAGAGCCUGGGGCUGGACCCAAGAGGAGCGCAGCCCUAGACAGGACCCAAAUCAAGGCCCUGUGCUGUUGCAUCCCCGGCCUGCCUUCUUGGAAUCACUUCUCUGUUCCAUUUUAGCCGGAAAGUUAUGAGAUCCGACACUAUGGACCAGCCAAGUGGGUCAGCACCUCGGUGGAGUCAAUGGACUGGGAUUCUGCGGUCCAGACUGGCUUUACCAGGCUCAGCAGCUACGUUCAAGGCAAAAACGAGAAAGAGAUGAAAAUAAAGAUGACAGCUCCAGUGAUGAGCUACGUGGAGCCGGGUGCAGGCCCGUUUAGUGAGUCUACCAUUACCAUUUCCCUGUAUAUCCCCUCUGAGCAGCAAUCUGAUCCGCCAAGGCCUUCAGAGUCAGAUGUCUUCAUUGAAGACAGAGCCGAAAUGACUGUGUUUGUACGGUCUUUCGAUGGAUUCUCUAGUGCCCAAAAGAAUCAAGAACAGCUUUUGACAUUAGCGAGCGUUUUGAGGGAAGAAGGAAAAAUUUUCGAUGAAAAGGUUUACUACACUGCAGGCUACAACAGCCCUUUCAAUUUGCUCAAUAGAAAUAAUGAAGUGUGGCUGAUUCAGAAACAUGAACCCUCCAGAGGAAAGGAAGGAGACGGAGAGAAGUAGCAUCGCCAGGGGCUAAGCUGUAACACACGUGUCGGCGCACCUAUAAGUAAAGCGUAUGUCUAGCAUCUUCCACCUGAGAGUACUGACAUGACUCGAGCUUAUUCCCAACGUGCCUUCUCAAUGCUUGAAGCUUUAUCGAGAUACGCAGAUAACGGGGCAAUAUUCUACACACACGUAAAUGGGUCGCAACCCUGGUGGUCUUUAGCUCUGUGAGGCUCCAGGCAGGUGUCAUGAUGCCUCCCCUUCUUCACUGUAUCACAAUCAUGUUGCCUUUUUCUACUUGGAUUUGUGUCAGUUGGAUGUUAUCCCCUCCAGGUAGUAUCAAUAAAAAUGUUAAAGAUUUACUUACCUUGUGUGGGACUAGUAGGCAGGCAGGCCUGGAGAGGUGCAGUUAGGGUUGGAACACAGAUCAAGCUGCUAUUAUAGUCUGAGUCCUCCCCAUCUGCCCAAACUCGCACAGUCCCCAAAAGUACUGAUCAUAUAUUGUGACAAAGAUUUAGGGACUUCCUAUCCUAUUUUGAUAUUCAGUAAAGUUUGUAUUUUUCCUGAACAAAUGUA